AUGCUUUUAUUUGAUUUGUUAUAGAAUGGCUCCCAAUCCAUACACAACUUGUGAAAUAUGUGAGGAGGCUUUCACAAGUGAGACCCACAAGCCUCUUGUUCUGCCAUGUGGGCACACUUACUGCCACAAAUGUCUGUUAAGGCUGAAAAAAGAGGAAUUAUGGUGUCCAAAAUGCAGGAAAAAACAUGCUGUAGAAAUAUCAACCUUACCAGUCUGCUACCAGCUAAUCCCUAAAGAUUCUGCUGAUGCCGUCAUUGAAGAAGUUGACGAUGAAGAGGAGGAGGAAGAAGAUGAAGAGCAAGUUUGCAGUGAGCACAACACAGUGUACAGUCACUGGUGCUAUGCAUGCAAGUGUCAACUGUGUCACCAGUGCUUCCAUCCCAAGCAUGUAGCUUGUUCUGUGACUCCCUUAGACUUCCUUUUUAAGGAGAAAUGUCCAGAGAUGAGACGUACCCAGGAGAACAUUGUGCCUGAUAUAUCUGAGAAGAAGAAGUGGCUGCAAAAGCAAAUGGAGAAAAACAAUGAAAAUAGAACAGUGUUGAAUGAUUUAUUGGAGACAGUCAACAAAAUGCAAAAGGAUCUAGAAGAUGAGAAGGGAUAUUUGUCAGCAGCUGUCCAUCAACUAGACUCUGAUUUCACUGCAUGUUAUGCACUUGCUAAGCAGCCAUUAACAUCUGAUCAAACUCAACAAAUCCUCACUGUUUAUACAAGACUCCACAAAUUGACAGAGACAGCUAAGAAGUUUAAUAAACCUUCUAUAAAAAACCUCUGCAACUUUGCCAAAGUUCUAGAGGAAACAGAAGAUGAUGGCCCAAUUGAAAGUGAAAAGGAUUUUGGCAUUCGAUACAUUAAGUCUAAUUUCUGCAACCCUUUCUGUGGGGACAGUGAAUGGCUCAUAGAGAACGACUUGCAGGCCUUCACCGCCUACCACACACUCGUCAACGACCCUUGCCUGCGGCCAUUUGAAGUGAUGUUCCGCUCUAACGGGGCCCCGAGUGAGGCUAUCAACAACAUGGGCCCCAUGCUGCCCUUCAUGGCCGAGGCCUCCCGCUGCCUCUCCCUCCACCUCCUCCACUCCUUCUGGCAACCCUGCACUCCCAACUCCUCCCCCUCCAUUGAUGAUGCCUCCCUCGAGCCCCUGCUCAACUCCCCCCACAGUGAGAAGCUACGUCACUUCUUGGGGUGCGUGAGCCAUGGCUCGCUGGUCAAGCUGAAGCGUGCCGAGCUCUACACGCUGGGCCUCCACAUCCUGUCACCCGCCUUCGUGGCCACCAUCAACUCCCUCCUGUACCCCACCUCUGCUGUUGUGCACUUUUGCAUCGGGCGAGGCGUGCGGCAGCAGCAGCUGCCACCGCUUGCCACGUCGCUGUACACCUGCAGCGCCUGCCACCUGCACCUGCCUGACGUGGCAGACGGUGAUGUGGCCUGGGUGUGUGGUGUGGUCCAGGCCCUCAUACCACACUCAUACCAUCACCACAGAGCUGACAGUCUGUGUCUGCCGCGCUGUCAGCUGACAAUGCCAGGACUGCGGCGGCUGCUGGCAGAGACAGCGCGUCUUAAGCUGACAGCUGACGUGUGCUGUCAGCAUGACAGCCUCCUGCUGGCACAUCGCAACCCCAUCAUCAAGUAUGCUGACUCCCUCAGCAUCACACUCAGCUUCAGCAUUCAGCUCUGAUGAGUCAGCAUCACACUCAGCUUCAGCAUUCAGCUCUGAUGAGUCAGCAUCACACUCAGCUUCAGCAUUCAGCUCUGAUGAGUCAGCAUCACACUCAGCUUCAGCAUUCAGCUCUGAUGAGUCAGCAUCACACUCAGCUUCAGCAUUCAGCUCUGAUGAGUCAGCAUCACACUCAGCUUCAGCAUUCAGCUCUGAAGUCCAGCUCGAGCCUGUGGACUGAAAUUCUGCAGUGGACGCUGAAAUUGUCAUUAAAAAUAAAUAAAAAAACGGGAUAUAGACUGAAAUCGUGCAAAAUUGAAAUUACCUAUACUGAAACCUUGCGCUGGGUGCUGAAAUUGUCAUGAAAAACGCAAAGAAAUGAACAUAAUGGACGGUGAAAUUCUCAUGAAAAAUAUAAAAACUAACAAAAUGCGAAGAAAUGAACAUAAUAAGAAAAAUGUCCUCAUAAUGGAUAUAAGAACGUGGAAAUCGUAGAUUUGUUCAGGGUUUGGAAUGGUCCAUGCAUUUCACUUGUUAGUUAAUUUAAAGUAUAAAUUAGUUAAUUUAGUUAAUUACCUGCAAGUUUUGCUUCAGUUUUGACUCAUUACCCUGACUUUGAGUUGAAGCUGCGGUGUUUAGUGAAGUAAAACGCGGCGAAUUUCAGGAGCGAAAUCCGUGAGAACUUGAGCGCUGGCAUGGUUCUUGCGAGGCUGCUACGACCAAAGUUCUGUUAUUUGCUGAGAAUAGGAUUAUGACUUAGCAAAAUUAUAUUUGCUAAGUUGUGACUGAGACUAGAACUUGUGCAAAGUUCUGUUUGCUAAGUUGUGACUGAGACUAGAACUUGUGCAAAGUUCUGUUUGCUAAGUUGUGACUGAGGAUAGAACUUGUGCAAAGUUCUGUAGGUUGCUAUCUUCUUUUUGGUUAUAUUUCGCUAUACUUCAGAAGUAAAACAUUUACAUUGUUUACUUUUUAGCCGACUUUUCGAGGUUCUAAACUGUUGAUAUUAUAAAGAACUUUUUAACUUUAAACUGCCCGAAGGUAAUUUUAGGUCUAACUUGGGUAAAGUGUCAAACUCUAAAUUUAAUUUUUAGUCGGAAUUUUGGACAUUUUCACCACCGAAACUUCAUUCCUUGUAGAAUUUUAAACUUUUUAACUCGCAGUUUAGUAAAAUUUGUUACUGGACUUCAUAUGUGCAUCAGAAGUAGACAUUUGGACUUGCCUCUUAAUUAGGACUUCCACUGAUAAAACAUCUGGUAAAAUAUCGUCUGAAUUAGCGGCCUUGUUAGAAAAUAAAGCAGUCCACCCGACGGUUCCAUUGACUGGUCCUCGCGCACCGUAACAUUAAACCUUAUUUUUUUUCUCUAGUGCCUUGAAACCAUUGAUUGCUCCAGGAAAACCAUUGAUUGCUCCAGGAAAACCAUUGAUUGCU